AUGGGAGCUUCGGAAACUUCGUUUGGACCAUCUGCCUCCCUCGAACUCAUUGCCGUCGACAUCCAGCGCUCAAAGCUCACACCCGUAUCGAAUAUUCCUUCCUCACACAAAUUUUGCGCAAUUGAAUGGGGACUUCCUUCUCGUGCACACCCUUUCGGCCUCAUCGCCUCCGGCUUAGCUGAUGGCACAGUACGAAUUUUCGAUGCGGCGCCGCUUAUCCGACAGAACGCGGGUUCCGUAAAUGACGAGAGUACAGCAGUCGUCUAUGGGAGCGCUACAACGACGAAGAGACAUACGGGACCAGUUAAGAGUCUUUCGUUUAAUUCAUUUUUGCCCACCAGACUUGCAACUGGAGGAGCUGAUGGUCAAGUGCUCGUGUGGGAUUUUAACAAUGUAUCUGCUGGGCCGAUUGCGAGACCGCUGGCGGAGAGCCAAGCAACAAGCAAUAUCACGCAGAAAGAGGAGAUCACUGCCAUAGCAUGGAACCGCAAAGUCGAGCAUGUUCUUGGAACAGCGACAAAUUCGGGUCUUCUCAAAGUCUGGGACUCAAACCAGGGCAAACGUGUCCUAAGCAUUAGAAAUCCUAGAGGAAGGUUAAGAUGCUCCGCUCUUGAAUGGCAUCCAGAGAUUGCAACCCAAAUCAUACUUGCUUGCGAUGAGGAUCAAGACAGCGGAGCUACGCUGUGGGACUUGCGAAACGCCUCGGCUCCAGUAAUGUCUUACACGCAUCAUGGUCCGAAUGGCGUUUCUGCAAUGAGUUGGUGUCCGCAUGACUCUGAUAUGCUUUUGACGUCUUCCCGGGAUUCUCGAACUGUAGCGGUUUCAGUGUCAACUGGAGAAGUGCUCUCAGAAGCACCCAAGACAGCAAAUUGGAACUUUGAUGUCAAGUGGUCACCGCGCAUCCCGGGUAUGUAUCUAUCCUCCUCACAAGAUGGCACGAUCGCAGUAAAUGCGCUGAUGACGACUACGACUGGACCGUCAGUUUCGAGUGAGACCGCAAAUGCGUUGGCAGAGUCGUUUGGUGAGAUGGCGGGUGGUUUCCAGGUUGGCGUGCAAGACCAAUCCCCUCGCGCCGUCGAUAAGCCGCGAGUUUCGUACAAUUUAAAUCGACCACCGAAGUGGUUGAAAAGGCCAGUUUCAGUUUCGUUCGGAUUCGGAGGUCGACAGACAUCCCUGUCAAGCAAGGGCGCCGGGAAAGUGGACAUAGAGUCAUUUGAUGAGAGUUUCUCUGGAUUGCGUGAGGCCUGUGUUGAACUUGAUACGAUUCUAUUAGACAUGACAGCCGAUGAUCCUUCCCCUGCUCUGAGGUGGUGCCAGCAAGCUAGCGCAGGUAGUGAAAGCGCCAAAGAUCAGAUGGCUUGGGAUGCCCUGGGAAUGGUUUUCCGACAGGACUGCAGGCGAUUAGUUCUGAAGUACCUUGGAUUUGAGCCUCCGUCAAUAGAAGCUGGAGAUGACAUAACCAUGCCUGUAUACGGACUGCCUUUAUCACACGCUCUGGCCAUUCCAGUCCGAUCCGCUCCACGAGAAAUCAGGACCGUUUCUGAGACCCUCCUCAACCGUGCAGACGAUAUCGACGCUGUCACGAACGGCACUGGGGCAUUGAAUUUGGAUAGACCUGCUCCAUGGGAAGUAACCGAAACUAGAAGUGGGCAUGAUGAAGUCAAAGCAAGCAUCUUAGACGGUGACGAUAGUUUGGCCGAGGUUGAGGAAACUCCAACAAACAAGACAAAUGGUGUUCCGGGAUCGAAGUCUCAAGCAGGUACAUCAGGAUCCUUCGUAGGGAAGACACGGGAAGAAAUCGAUGUUUUGGUGAAGAAAUCGGUGAUAGUGGGGGAUUUCAAAACUGCAGUAGAGGCAUGUCUGCACGUCGGUCGGACAGCAGAUGCGCUAAUUAUAGCGCAUGCAGGUGGCCCUGAUCUUUGGCUGGAAACCCAAGCAGAGUACAUCUCGAAUGCAGGCCUUUCGGCAGGUGCGAGCAUCGUUGGGGCCAUUGCUGGACCAAAGACCAAAAUGGAUGCCUAUAUUCGCGACGCGGGAAACUCUGGGAAGGAGUCGUGGAAAGAAGCACUGGCAGUUUUGAUGACAUACUGCCCUGGGGAAGAGAUAUCAGAAGCCUGCUCUUCCCUUGGACAGCGCCUUCUCAUUGCACAGAACGAAGCGGCUGCCUUGUUUUGCUUUAUCUGCGCCGGAAACACAAGAAUGGCCACAACGUUGUGGAUGCGCUAUCGACCAUUAAUGGCGAAGCCGACUUCUGUGAUGAUGGCUGACAGGAUACAGCGACUUUCUGCUCUGGUGCAAAAAGUCCGUCUAUUAACUGCAGCCUCUACCUUGGGUGCGGGGGAGCGUCAAAUCGGAGCGGUGAAGGCAUUGGAUGAAGUAAGUGGAUCUGUACUGUGCGAAUAUGGGGCUCUCUUAGCAAGUCAAGGCGACGCAUCCCUGGCUGUCAUGUACCUGAGCAAUUUGGAUGCCAACUAUACAUGCAUGUAUGGUUCAGCGGAGAUGAUCCAAGCUCAUGCUUCAGAGCAAUUGGCGAUGGACGACAGUGCGACAGCUGCAAGUCAUAAUGUCGCAAGCAGUUCAACUCCUGCUUAUCACCCGUACAACACGGGAUAUAGUGAUUCCACAUACGCUUAUGGGAAUGAUGGAUAUUCGCCUGGUCAGGCAUAUGGGGUAGCCAGUCAACCACAGUAUGGAGCAGUUUCUGGUGCCUUACCGCCAGCCCCGAUGGCGGUCCCUGCUCCGUCGUUUGGGGCGACACCACCCGGGCCAGAACGAUAUUCUAGUUCGCUACCACCGAUUCCUUCCAAUCCGGUUGCUUCUCGACCGACGCCUCCCAGUGUAUUCGCUUCAGGGGCCCCAUCUGCGGAGCGCCCAUUUUAUGAUGCGUCGGCGGCUUACGCGUCGGUCCCUGCGUACGGACAAGACAUGUACCGAGCACCUCCUCCACCCGCUCCAAUAGUCCCUGCUGCGAUCGGAGCCCCAUCCACUGGUUCAUAUGCAUCACCAAUUCCCGCGGGAACUGCAGCCACGGCGCCAUUAGCCCCGCCUCCUGUCGGUGGUAGAACAGCUGCACCGCCAAUACAAGGCGGGACCUAUGGUCUGGAACCCCCAAUGGGAGUAGUGAAUACAAAUCUGGGACUUCAAACGCAAUCUCUUGCGGCGCCAGCACCACCUCCUCCCCCGCCCAACGACGCAACGUCGUCUCCGCCUAUGUCUUACCAUGCGAAGGCACGACCAGGUUCGGGAGCUUCACUACCACCGUCUGCUGAGGUUGCGGUAGCAGAGCAGCGUCGGUCAAGGCCCAUGUCGAGUUCAGGGACUCCAGGUGGUCCACCGAGGCGAUCGACAUCCACAUCGUCAUCUCUUUCAGCAUUGGGCUCGGAAACUGUGCUUUUGGAAAAGGCAGACGUCUCAAAGGUACCUGCUGAUCAGCAAGUAAUUGUGAACUCUUUCCGAGGGGCUUAUAUGUACGCUUUGAAUCAGAAUUCAUCGCCCUCAUACAAACGAAAGAUGGCCGACGUAAACAAGAAGUUAGGGAGACUUCUGGCUGGUCUUAACGCUGGCCUAGUUGAGGCGCCAGUAGUUGAGCUACUAAUUGAGGUCGGUUCGUCUAUUGAGAAGGGGAACUAUGAUCAGGCGACUACUGUCGUUAAGACCCUCACGAAGCAGCAUUGGGAUCAAAAUGCUCAAUGGAUUAGAGGCCUGAAGCGCCUUAUUGAUUGUGUUCUAACUGGAAGGUGAGGAGAGUGUAGCUCGGAUUGGAAGGAUGGCACUAGUUCCUAGAGUAUUAAAACAAUAGAGGCAGCGUGACAUCACUUUGGACACCCUUUAGAACCGUCAUAUUUGCUACACAAGGUUGUGUCCCA